AUGGCCUUUUACAGAAGCUUCAGCACCGAGUCCAGAUUUGUCUUCCUCACAGUUUUUGCCCUCUGUGUGGCUUUUGUACAUACAGAAACUGUGGCUGAGGCUUCUCCCACGCUACAUAGCGAUAACCAGGGCACGCAGUCCGGAGAUGAUGGAACAGAUGCAGGCCAGGGCGUCACAACUAAAGACCCAACUCAGGAUCUGACACAACCCACCUUCACCAUAGAUUACACUGACAACCUGGACACCGUGAUGACGGAGGAGGAAGGUGUCCUUGGCCCAGGUGCCAUCACAGCCAUUGUCAUCGCUGUGUUCCUUGGCGCCUCUGUUCUCCUUGCCCUCGUCGUUAUCACACUCAGAAAAUUCAUUGCUUCUUAG